UGGCUAAGAGGUCAACUAUUUUAAAUAGGCAUUGCUUCACAAGAGUUUGGCGCCUGGAUUCUCCACCUCCAGUAGUCUUGGGCGGGGGAUGCUCCAGGGGCGGUCCACAGCUUGCGAAGCCUGACUUGAGCCAGCCCAGCUCCACCGCCGUGGCCCACUUCCCAGCCCCUAGACUGUACCAAGGCUGUCAGCCCCUAGUAGCCACACCCGCGUGGACAGCUCACAGCUACUGUUGGGAUCCGGGCAGGGGACUGAGUCCUGAAGGCGCACGCACCGCAGAAUUUUGAAGACGUGAGAUGUAAAUGUAUCUGCCCUCCCUAUAAAGAGAAUCCUGGGCAUAUUUAUAAUAAGAAUAUAUCUCAGAAAGAUUGUGAUUGCCUUCAUGUUGUGGAGCCAAUGCCUGUGCGGGGGCCUGACGUAGAAGCGUACUGUCUACGGUGUGAAUGCAAAUAUGAAGAAAGAAGUUCUGUCACAAUCAAGGUUACCAUUAUAAUUUAUCUCUCUAUUUUGGGCCUUCUGCUUCUGUACAUGGUAUACCUUACCUUAGUUGAGCCCAUCCUGAAGAGACGCCUCUUUGGACACUCCCAGCUGUUGCAGAGUGAUGACGACAUUGGGGACCACCAGCCUUUUGCAAAUGCACAUGAUGUGCUGGCCCGCUCUCGCAGCCGAGCCAAUGUCCUAAACAAGGUGGAGUACGCACAGCAGCGCUGGAAGCUUCAGGUCCAGGAGCAGCGAAAGUCUGUCUUUGACCGACAUGUUGUCCUCAGCUAACUGGGAACUGGAAUAAAGGUGACUAGAAAAACCAUGGCAGACAACUGAGAAGGGUGGGUGUGCACAACUGGGUGUCUGUGCAUUUUAAUUCCCUGUUUGUUUUUACAAAACCUUGCUGGAUGGAGGAAGACUCAAAACUGGAAACAAACCCUGUGCUUAGUGUUUUUCUUGUUAAUGUAUUAAUAGAGACAUUUUUAAAGCACACAGUUCCAAGUCAACCAGUAAACCUUUUCCUACUUGUGACUUUUACUAAUAAAAUUAAGCUGCCUGUGAGUUAUCUUUAAAGUCCUGUGCCUGGAACAAGCUCUCUUUCUCACCACGCAGUCCUAACUUGGUGUUCAAGAUAAUUUCCAGGCGUGGUUGUGCUUCUCUUUCGUGUAGUGGGAGAGGAAGGGACGCCUUGGGAGUGCCCCAGUAGCUCUCUCAAGUCACUUUUCCAGACAGAUCUGAAUGCAUCAGACCCUCUACUUCACACUCGCUAAUGUCCCAGUGUAGCUGGCUCACACUCGCUAAUGUCCCAGUGUAGCUGGCUCACACUCCUUAAUGUCCCAGUGUAGCUGGCUCACACUCCUUAAUGUCCCAGUGUAGCUGGCUCACACUCCUUAAUGUCCCAGUGUAGCUGGCUCACACUCGCUAAUGUCCCAGUGUAGCUGGCUCACACUCUCUAAUGUCCCAGUGUAGCUGGCUCACACUCCUUAAUGUCCCAGUGUAGCUGGCUCACACUCCUUAAUGUCCCAGUGUAGCUGGCUCACACUCCUUAAUGUCCCAGUGUAGCUGGCUCACACUCGCUAAUGUCCCAGUGUAGCUGGCUCACACUCGCUAAUGUCCCAGUGUAGCUGGCUCACACUCUCUAAUGUCCCAGUGUAGCUGGCUCACACUCGCUAAUGUCCCAGUGUAGCUGGCUCACACUCGCUAAUGUCCCAGUGUAGCUGGCUCACACUCGCUAAUGUCCCAGUGUAGCUGGCUCACACUCGUUAAUGAUGUCCCAGUGUAGCUGGCUCACACUCGUUAAUGAUGUCCCAGUGUAGCUGGCUCACACUCGUUAAUGAUGUCCCAGUGUAGCUGGCUCACACUCCUUAAUGUCCCAGUGUAGCUGGCUCACACUCGCUAAUGUCCCAGUGUAGCUGGCUCACACUCCUUAAUGUCCCAGUGUAGCUGGCUCCUCAGCUUGCUGGCCUCCCCACUUGACUUCUGCACUGACUACAUUACCUAAGAUUCUGGUUGGCCUGAGGCUCCAUUUCAUGACAAGUUGGAUCUGAAAUGCCUGGCGGCUCCUCAUGCCAUGAAGAUUUGUUUCGUGCACUGUGAUGUCUGAUGCAACAUGUCCUAGAACAAACUGGCCAUUUGCUAGUUUACACUAUAACUAAACACAGUCUCAGCGUGUGUGGUCUUCCUCAUCUUCUUGUAGCUCUAAGGACUUGAACAUUUAGAAUAAAGACAUUUUCUCUUAAGCCCAAGCCUUCCUGGAUGAGUGACAUACACAUACUGGUCAGCCUCUCCUGUCUUGCUGAGAGGCAACUCUUUGAACUAAUGUGGGCAGCUUUGAACUAGGACUAGGGUUCAGAUUGCCUCUCUCUGAGAAGUCUAACAGUUAUUGGAUAACUGGCGUUUUCCUUCCUACAUCCUCUUUGGAAUGUAACAAUAAAAUAAUUGACAAAGCCC